GAUACCUUCAUGCAGGUGAAGAUAACCGGUCAGCUCUAGGACCUAAAGGAAGCCUGACUGCUCGCGCUUGUUCCUUGCACAGCAGAGAUUGACAACUUGGCCUUGAACUACAAUUAAUAAAAAACGACAGGGGGUGGGAGUGCUGCAACAAUUUAAUCCAGAGUAAGUAAUCCCAAAAGCAGUAUAAAAUCCAACAAUUUUCAAGAUGAUAGAACAAGUGUUAGUUAAGUGACAAGUUAAUGGAAGACUGGACUUCCCAAUAAGUAUUUCUUUUAGGACUUCUGAACAAUGGUUUACAUUUUUCUGUUUGAGUUUCGAACAUCUGUGUAGAAUAACGUUAUACACACUUUCACUUUGUUCAUAUACUGACGACCUUUUUGAGAUUAUUCAUGACCAGCAUAUCAGCUAAACAGAAAGCACAAUUAUCCACAGGAUGAAGCUGAAAUCGUCUUGAACCGUAGUUGAGUCUUGUUUGUUCUACAAUGUCAGUCAGUCGACAAAGAACUCUCAGUUUUAAUAGCCUGUAAUUUGUUGUACAACGAGCUUUGUUUAAGGAUCAACUUCAUUCAUCAUCCUGCAAUCCUAUCCCCAUCGUAUUUACAGCGAAAAUUCCUUGGAUUUUUACACUCCCUACAUUUGCUAACAAUAGUUACAGAUAUGCAUUUAUCAGCAUCUGGUUUUGAUUUGUGGUCAAAGAUGGCUGGACAUUUGUAGUUUGUCUGUAAGUACCCAGUACGUGCCCUGUGUUUCUUUCACAGUAAUUUGAAUUUUUGAGAAGUUAGGGCCAAAGCGGAGGGACGUUCUGAACAGAAAACUUUGGCUGUAUUAUCUUCUAAGAGUUUUGUGGAUUAUGUACCGGCCUCUGAAGAUUCGUGGGUUACUGCCCUGCUCUUUCUGGGUACCUGUCUCUUCUGCUCAGUCGGUGAAAGACUAAAACUGUGGCUGAGUUGAUUACCAGCUGAAAGGCGCUAUCAACUGUAGGCUGUGCUGCCACGAGACGAAUGAAUCCUUUUUCCACGCUCCCUCCUCUCACUGUGAGGAUGGGCAGCGGCAGCUCCAGAUGUCCUUACCUGCGGAGGGUCUGCUCGGAGCACAGCGGGGGGAUAAACUGGAUGAGCUUGAGCCCAGACAGGAGGCACCUGCUGACAUGUAGCGAAGACGGUACAGCCCGGCUCUGGAGUACUUCGGACCACCAAUGCUGUAUGGUCUUCCAAGGACAUGAAAGUUAUAUCACUUACUGCCACUUGGAAAAUGAGCAUGCUUUUACCUGCAGUGCAGACCACACCAUCAGAAGAUGGGAUACAAGAACAGGCCAGUGCACUGACAUUUACAGAGGCCAUACAUCUAUUAUUAACAGGUUACUGGUGGCUGGAAACUACUUGUUUAGUGGUUCUUAUGACAGAACAGCACGCUGUUGGAGUCUUGACAGGGGGAAGCAGUUACAGCAGUUCAGAGGUCAUCGAAACUGUGUGCUAGCACUGGCCUACUUUUCAGCAGCAGAUGUGCUUGGAGAGUCAGAUUCCGACAGUGAACAGAACAAAGAUUUGCUUUUGACUGGAAGCACUGACAGUUGUAUUAAGCUUUGGGUAGUAUCCAAUGGUAGGUGUUAUCAGACUCUACGGGGGCAUUUAGGAGCCAUAUUGUGUCUAGCACUUGACAUUCCAAACAAAACCCUUUAUUCUGGAAGUACAGAUCAUACUAUCCGGAAGUGGAAUAUAAUAACAGGACAGUUGGUAAAAGUGUUUCAAGAACAUCAGGGCUCUGUUAUCUGCGUGGAGGUGGUGAACCGACACCUAUACUCUGGGAGUGCAGACAGGACAGUGAAGUGUUGGUUGACAGAGUCUGGAGAAUGUAUUCGGACAUACAACACCCACAGGCACACAGUUAGUGUUGUAAAGUGCCAUGACGGAAUUUUAUUCACGGGAAGUGGAGAUGCAUGUGCUAAAGCCUUUGAUACAAAAUCAGGAGUUUUACAGAGGACUUUUAGAGGGCACACCUUUAUUAUCAAUUGUAUUCUGAUUCACAAUAAACUGCUGUACACAGCCUCUCAUGAUGGCACAUUAAGAAUCUGGGAUCUGCAUAAUCUAUUCCAGCAAGACAAGGAACAUUUAAAAAAGGUGCAAGAUGGAAAACUGAAAAACUCUCCAAAUAGUAGCCAAACCAGACUGUGCAAUAACAAAGUUGGCUGUGAAUGUAACUCCAGAACUCUUUGCAAAGGAAAUAGUAACUCAUCAGAACAAGUGACUGGAAGAAGAGGAAGAAGUGAAUUACUGUGAAUGUAGCAGAGAACUGAAAACAGCUCUGAUUUGUAAUGUGAAUGUUAACCUCAAGACAGGUGUACAAAUGAACUGCAGCUAAGUACUAAGUGAGCAGGAAAUCUGACAAGCCAGUGACCUGCAUAAAUGCUGCUGGAACUUGCAUCUUUUUUGCAGUUCUUUCUACUGUCCUGGAUAAACACUUCUGACUUGUCUCGUGGAAUGAGCUCUAAAUGUGAACCUGAUGUGGUCUAUACUGCCUGUUGUCUACUUGAUUUCCAGCUGUAUAUGUAGCUCACUUAAAGCUUGAGAGUCAUGGACAAUACAGUAUCUGAAAAGAAACUUAUAACACAUCAACACUUUAAUAUGAUUUUGUACUUUUUAAUAUCUUUAUACGAGUUUUUUUCAUAGGGAAGUUCUUUGGGAAGUGCCAUAGUUACUACUGCAGCAUGUAGUAUCAAUACCGUGAAACAUGAAAAUACUUAAUGCUAGAUUUCAUAAAGCAUAUCUUGUUUUAAUGCUUCAUUCAGCAUCCAGAA